AGAUGAUGAAGAGAAACCACAAGUGAACAACUUCUUGGCUCCACAGUCAGAAAGUGAGCAUGAGGACGAGGUUGAAGUAACUUUGAGCAGCGAUACAGACUGUGAAGGUGUUUGGAACAACAAACACUCGGAAUGUUCUGAAAAGAAGACAGGUAAAAAAAAAAAAAGUUUGAUCUGCUCAGUUUGUGCUAAAAGCUUUUCUAAAAAGAACACUUUGACUCAACACAGGAGAACUUUCACAAUGAUGACCCAGUCAGUACUAUUGUAAAAAAAAAGAAAGAAAAAAAGUUGGUUUUGGUUUAUCACACUUUUGUUUUGUUGUACACAAAAUUCACAUUUUUAUGAAGUUUUUUUUUUUUUUUACAACGAAUACACAGUAGGGCAGCACGGUGGUAGAGGGGUUAGUGCGUCUGCCUCACAAUACGAAGGUCCUGGGUUCGAUCCAGCACUCGGGAUCUUUCUGUGUGGAGUUUGCAUGUUCUCCCCGUGACUGCGUGGGUUCCCUCCGGGUACUCCGGCUUCCUCCCACCUCCAAAGACAUGCACCUGGGGAUAGGCCCCUCCCACCUCCAAAGACAUGCACCUGGGGAUAGGCCCCUCCCACCUCCAAAGACAUGCACCUGGGGAUAGGCCCCUCCCACCUCCAAAGACAUGCACCUGGGGAUAGGCCCCUCCCACCUCCAAAGACAUGCACCUGGGGUUAGGUUGAUUGGCAACCCUAAAUGGUCCCUAGUGUGUGAAUGUUGUCUAUCUGUGUUGGCCCUGUGAUGAGGUGGCGACUUGUCCAGGGUGCACCCCGCGUUCCGCCCGAAUGCAGCUGAGAUAGGCUCCAGCACCCCGCGCGACCCCGAAUGGGACAAGCGGUAGAAAAUGGAGCAAUGGAUGGAUACACAGUUCAGGGCAAACGUUUGUGUAGUGGAAAGUCCAGGUUGUCAAUGAGAACCAAAGUAGAUUUAACACAAGAGUUUUAUUUUACCCAUAAUCAAAUGGUACAAUGGUUGGGUUGAGUUGUCGAGCACACAGAAAGUUUUCCCCCGGGCGCGCCCGACAGCAUGGAAUAAUGGCUACCAAAACACCCUCUUCGUUUGACUCUAUCCCUUUCUUAUCUCUCUUGUUAGUGCGUCAAUGUCUUUUUGUUUUCCCUAUGACAACCAAACAAUUACACAAGGCGACUCAGUAAAGAAUCUAGGUAUUAUCUUCGACCCAACUCUCUCGUUUGAGUCACACAUUAAGAGUGUUACUAAAACGGCCUUCUUUCAUCUCCGUAAUAUCGCUAAAAUUCGUUCCAUCUUGUCCACUAGCGACGCUGAGAUCAUUAUUCAUGCGUUCGUUACGUCUCGUCUCCAUUACUGUAACGUAUUAUUUUCGGGCCUCCCUAUGUCUAGCAUUAAAAGAUUACAGUUGGUACAAAAUGCGGCUGCAAGGCUUUUGACAAAAACAAGAAAGUUUGAUCAUAUUACGCCUAUACUGGCUCACUUGCACUGGCUUCCUGUGCACUUAAGAUGCGACUUUAAGGUUUUACUACUUACGUAUAAAAUACUACACGGUCAAGCUCCAGCCUAUCUCGCCGAUUGUAUUGUACCAUAUGUCCCGACAAGAAAUCUGCGUUCAAAGAACUCCGGCUUAUUAGUGAUUCCCAGAGCCAAAAAAAAGUCUGCGGGCUAUAGAGCGUUUUCGAUUCGGGCUCCAAUACUCUGGAAUGCCCUCCCGGUAAAAGUUAGAGAUGCUACCUCAGUAGAAGCAUUUAAGUCCCAUCUUAAAACUCAUUUGUAUAAUCUAGCCUUUAAAUAGACCCCCCUUUUUUUAGACCAGUUGAUCUGCCGUUUCUUUUCCUCUCUCCUCUUCUCCCCUGUCCCUUGCGAGGGGGAGUUGCAUAGGUCCGGUGGCCAUGGAUGAAGUGCUGGCUGUCCAGAGUCGGGACCCCGGGUGGACCACUAGCCUGUGCAUCGGUUGGGGACAUCUCUGCGCUGCUGACCCGUCUCCGCUCGGGAUGGUUUCCUGUUGGCCCCGCUGUGGACUGGACUCCCGCUGAUGUGUUGGAUCCACUGUGGACUGGACUUUCACAAUGUUAUGUCAGACCCACUCGACAUCCAUUGCUUUCGGUCUCCCCUAGAGGGGCGGGGGUUACCCACAUAUGCGGUCCUCUCCAAGGUUUCUCAUAGUCAUUCACCGACGUCCCAAUGGGACGUCCAGCAGCUGAUUGGUCAUUCAGAAGAACUUCCCUCUCAGCCAGAGCGUCCACGGCCCCCCCACGUUAAAGAGGAAGAGGAGGAACUCUGGAUAACGGAGGAAGCUGAUCUCACCAAGUUGCCACUGACUGUUGUCUCUGUGAAGACUGAAGAACAUGAGGAGAAACCACAACAAGACAACAUCUUAGCUCCUGUAUCAGAUAGCGAGGCUGAAGACGACGUUGAAGAACCUUUGAGCAGCGAUACAGACUGUGAAGGUGAUAUGAGGACUCACACUGACAACAAACAUUCUGGACGUUCUAAAAAGAAGAGAGGUAAAACAUGUUUGAGCUGCUCAGUUUGUGCUAAAAGCUUUACUAAAAAGAGCAAUUUGACUGAACACAUGAGAAUUCACACGGGAGAAAAAACGUUUGAUUGUUCAGAGUGCCCUAAAAGCUUUUCCAUCAAGAAACAUUUGAUUCAACACAUGCGAACGCACACCGGAGAAAAACCUUUUAAUUGUUCAAUUUGUGGUAAAGGCUUCACUCAAACGGGCAGUUUGACUCAACACGUGAGAAUUCACACGGGAGAAAAACCGUAUAAUUGUUCAGAUUGCCCUAAAAGCUUUUCCCUCAAGACACAUUUGAUUCAACAUAUGCGAACGCACACCGGAGAAAAACCUUUUAAUUGUUCAGUUUGUGGUAAAGGCUUCACUCAAACGGGCAGUUUGACUCAACACAUGACAACACACACGGGAGAAAAACGAUUCACUUGUUCAGUUUGUGGUAAAAGAUUUUCUCAAAAGAGCGAUUUGACUGGACACAUGAGAACACACACAGGAGAGAAACCAUUUAAUUGUUCAGUUUGUAGUCAAGAUUUUUCUCACAAAUCCCAUUUGACAUCACAUAUGAGAAUACACACAGGAGAGAAACCAUUUAAUUGUGUAGUUUGUGGUAAAAAUAUUGCUCAUAAGAGUCAGUUGACAGCGCACAUGAGAAUGCACACAGGUGAGAAACCCUUUAAUUGUUCAAUCUGCGGUCGACAUUUUUCUCUAAAGACCCAUUUGACAGCACAUAUGAGAACGCACACGGGAGAAAAACCAUUUAAUUGCUCUAUUUGCGGUCAAAAUUAUUCUCAGCAGUCCCACUUGACAGCACACAUUAGAACCCACACAGGAGAGAAACCAUUCAUUUGUUCAGUGUGCGGUAAAUGCUUUUCUCAAAAGGGCACUCUGACUGAACACACGAAAAUUCACACGGAAGAAAGACCAUUCAUUUGUUCAAUAUGCGGUAAAGGUUUCGCUUCAAAGAUCUGUUUAACCAAACACAUGGCGACUCACGCAGCAGACCAAAACUUUAACUGUUCAGUUUGUAGUAAAAACUUUUCUCACAAGAAAAGCUUGACUCGCCACAUGAGCACACACACAGGAGGUAAAACAUUCAAUUGUUCGGUUUGUGACAAAAACUUUUCUUACAACAGCAGUUUGACGCGACACAUGAGAGCGCACGCAGCAGAUACAACACUUAACAUGAUGGAUUAGUUAGAUUCCUUUUAGUCAGGUCAGUUCAUUUUAUUCCAUUCCUAACAUGCAUGCCAGAUUACAUUUGUGCACAAACUCAGGUUGACAGUUUUUCAUUUUAACAUGUCCGAAACAGAGUAGGAAGAAGCAGAGCUUGGUAAAUCCCACCCCUUCUCAACUUCACAACAAUUCUCAGAACAAUAUAAAGUUGUCCAGCUCCACUGAUGGACAUUGGAGUGUUACUUUCAAAGGCAAAAUUAAAGUAUUGCUAGAAACAUAAUUUUAAAUGGGACUUUAUUGUAUUAUAUGUAUAGUACAUGUUCCAAAAAGAAAAAAGCAUAAUACACCAGCAGAAUUAGAGAUAUUACAAGUCAAAGUGAUGAAGCUUAGUGUUACGCUCAUGACUUGGUGUAACUAAACAUUACCCUUUAAGGUGAAGGCAAUUGCAUUUUAUUGAUAUUGGAAAAGUAUUCAAUGUUUAUAAAUGAAUAUUUAAAUAUACUAAAUGUAAAAAAGGGAAUGAAUAUUCAAAAUAAGAUCAUUAAAUGAAAUCUAGUUUGGUUACGCCAUCAUGAGCGCAACACAAGGUUGUAAAAGUUUCAACUACAAUUCUAAAUAAGAUGUCAAAAGCAAACUGAAAUCAAAUACACACGGCUUAAAGAUUGAUCAAUACCUAUUUAAAUUUAGUAAUACAUAAAUAUGAUGAUUUAUCAAAAUAUAAAAUAAAUAUACCUGAACAGAACGCUCAUGAUGGUUACACCAAAAAGUUUUUGGGGCAUUUUUAUCCUAUUUCCAAGCAUUUCCUUUUUAUUAUCGUUGAUUUUAAAUGGUCAAACUAAUGCAUAUUAUAUAUGCAUGCCCUAGUAAACAAAAAAAAAGUCAUAUUUAUUUUUAUUUUUACAUUUUGAAGUACAUUUGUGCAGGUGGGUGCGAAUGUACCCAUUACCAGAGCUGUACACAAAUCUAAAGUUGCAGGACCUCUUAAACCGUGUUGACUCUCUCCAGGCUUGAACAUUUUCUUGGACACACUUUGGAAGCGUGUGAUUGUGUGCCUUCAACAUGACAACUGCUGUGUUUGGCUCCACUAGGUUGGGACAUUUCAAGGUGUUGUUUGAUGAAAAGUGGAUUUGUCGGCGUGUCAUAAUAGUCUGCUGGGUUGACAAUUCUAAUGGCUUUCUUUUGGAGCAAAAUGAUGCUAUCAAUAUUUGAUGUAUAGUUGUUCCCCCAUAAUUCCGCACAGUAGCUUAAUUGUGGAAGUACAAGAGAAGUGUAUAGUAUAUACUUCUGUUCGACAUAUGUUUUCAUUUUAUACAGUCCAGCAAUUGUCUUUUUGUCCUCACUUUAUUUAUAUGCAGUUUCCAAUUUAAUUUACUGUCAAUGGCAACCCCCAGAAAUGUAGUUUCAUAUUCUCAUAUUUCAUUUACUCAGAUUUUUAUCAGUUUAUGCGUUUUUCAAUUACCAGUGAGCACAUGAUUAGUUUUACUUAAGUUGAGUGAUAGUUUGUUGAUAUCAAACCAUGUUUUCAGUGUUCUGAGCCCAUGUCCCACUGCAUCAGAGCAGGAAAGGCCGGUGUCGUCUGCAAACAAUACACACUUCCAUCCAUCCAUUUUGUACCGCUUGUCCCUUUUGACAUUUUUUAAUACCUCACAGACAAAAUGUAUAUAUAACCUAUGUGUCAAAGAGGAUAUUAGAACCGGUAUUAGAACCAGUAUUAGAACCGGCCUGCAGGCCACAGCCAGCUGCUGUUUUGCACGCUAGGAAUUUUUAAAAAUGGGGUCUCACAGUACAUUUUUGGGGUCCUACUUUUUUGUAGCCGUUUUGAAAACAAAUGAUAAAUGUAUGCAUUAUCCUGUUAAAUCUCACAUUCUAUAUUGUGUUUUGGAAAAAGGUUUUCAUAAACGUUACUAAAUUCAUUAAAAAAAAUAAUAGAAAAGAAAGCAAAUAUGUAUGCAUAUGUACAUGUAUUCAGUUAUAAACAUUCAUUCACUUUCUUUCUGUAUUUUUUUUCUAUAUUUUCAUUGUAACAUUUUGUGUUUGUACUCUUUUUGACCAAAGUAAGACAUAGAAAACAAUCGGAAGUUGUCUUAAUUCUUUAGUUUUAAUGCCAUGAUUUUAAUAGUCGGCACAGAUUUUCCUCCAUGCGGCCCCUGAGCUAAAACGAGUUUGACACCCCUGAUUAUACAAGAUGAACAAUUUUGGCCCCAAGAUAGAACCUUGUGGGACUCCUCCGUAUGUGAUGUUUUUAAUCUGAAUGGACAUGGUUCAUGUGUACACACCAUUAACCAGUCAUGUACAGUGCCUCUGACACCAUACUUUUCCAUUUUCUCCCAGUAGCAAAUUGUGAUCAAUGGUGUUAAAAGCCUUACUUAAAUCAAUAA